AAAAGCCACAAUGCGCAGGCGUCGUUGCUCAUGUUUCCUCGCCCGGUUUCCGCAACACCUGACGCCUGCGCAAUAAGUCAACUGGGUGUAUCGUGGCGGCUGUCCGGGUAGGUAGUGGUCGUGCCGCGCGCCGCCGGGUCGUUACAGCGAGGCGCAGGUGGUCCCUCCGGCCGGCCGCACGGGUGUGCCUUGGUUCACCAGACCCGGGAAGGGCUGUGAGCAGCCACCAUGUCGAUCUUCACCCCCACCAACCAGAUCCGCCUAACCAAUGUGGCCGUGGUGCGGAUGAAGCGCGCCGGGAAGCGCUUCGAAAUCGCCUGCUACAAGAACAAAGUCGUCGGCUGGCGGAGCGGCGUGGAAAAAGACCUUGAUGAAGUUCUACAGACCCACUCAGUGUUUGUAAAUGUUUCUAAAGGUCAAGUUGCAAAGAAGGAAGAUCUGAUCAGUGCAUUUGGAACAGAUGACCAGACAGAAAUCUGUAAGCAGAUUUUGACUAAAGGAGAGGUUCAAGUAUCAGAUAAAGAACGGCAUACACAGCUGGAGCAGAUGUUCAGGGACAUUGCAACCAUUGUGGCCGACAAGUGUGUGAACCCUGAAACAAAGAGACCGUACACUGUUAUCCUUAUAGAGAGAGCCAUGAAGGACAUCCACUAUUCAGUCAAAACCAAUAAAAGUACAAAACAGCAGGCUUUGGAAGUGAUAAAGCAGUUAAAGGAGAAGAUGAAGAUCGAACGUGCUCACAUGAGACUUCGGUUCCUUCUUCCAGUGAAUGAAGGGAAGAAGCUGAAAGAAAAGCUGAAGCCCCUAAUCAAGGUUAUAGAAAGCGAAGACUACAGUCAGCAGUUAGAAAUUGUGUGUCUGAUUGACCCAGGCUGCUUCAGAGAAAUCGAUGAGCUCAUAAAAAAGGAGACAAAAGGCAAAGGUUCUCUGGAAGUGCUCAACCUGAAGGACGUGGAAGAAGGGGAUGAGAAAUUUGAAUGACGCCCGUCAAGCUCUUCAGCUCUAAAACACUAAAGCGUUUUCUUUUCCCACGGUCCUCUUUCCUUUCUGUGGUCUGCCAAACACUUGCUCGGACUGUUUGACGUUUUCCAUCUUUGUGGUAACGUGUACACAAAAGACUUUUCUGAUAAAGUAUCACACUGUGGGAUUCAUGUAGUUUUAAUGAUAAAGCGGGGUCUGGGGCAAAAAUGAAAAAUCCAGGAUACAAAGGGCAGAGUAGCAUUUUGCUGCUGUCUCAUGACUUGCACUUUCCAACAUGCACGUUAUCUUGGGGGUGAAAAGUUAAGCUUUGUAUAUUAAGAUAAAUGUGAGAAGAUCGGACGAUGUGACAAAAGGGGUAUUUGCUGAAGAAAACAUAAUGUCUUAUUUCUACUUAAUGAAACGUGUGGCCUGAUACAAAGCUUGGAUGGUGACUUCCUGAUUUUGUGAAAAAUAGAUCUAGGACCACUGUGUGGGACUGAAGUAAGAUUCGCGGAACAUAUGGCCGUACCCUAGAUUAUUCUCAGUAAAGAAUAAAGUCAUUGGUUUCUAAUCCUUAAAGUUUAUAAUAUAUAUUAAUGUAGCCGCAAUUAUAUGUUAUCAAUAAAACCACUCUUUAUUUUUAUUAAA